ACAUUUAGCAGUCCUUUUUAUAUUCCCACACACAUUCAUAAAUUUUUUUUCACAAUUUUUUCACUCUAACUUUGGUGGUGGUUUGCACUUUCUUUUUGCACAAUGCACAUCUUGGUUUAUUGCUUUGCCACUUUUUUCACUGGGUCUUCUGUUUCAUGUAUGUCUGUCCUUUGUCCAUGUCUUUAGGUUGCUCUUGGUAACCUCUGGGUUGCCUUUGUACAAUAUGGUUCAGGCUCUAUAUAGGUGCACCUUUCACCCGCUUCAUUUUCCAGUCACGGGUUAAUUACCCAUUGAUUGGAUGUGCCCUCAGCCUCUGAUAUGGAGCCGAUCCCAGCCCCACCCUGCUCGCUGACGGAGUUGCAGCGCAUCACGUGACUUUACCCCGGUCAUGUUAUUCUAUCAGGUUCCCCGCCCCUCUCUGCCCAUCCUGGGCUCCGGCUCAGGAACUAGCAUUCCACGUAUGUCCGGAUGUGACGGACGCAUUCAUGACACGUCACACGCGUUCAGGUGUGAUGUGGACCAGGUAGAUUUCUCAGACGUCCUAGCAGAGCCGAACUCCUUUCACAGCUUUGAUAAGGUCUGGACCUGGAGCGACAUUCUGUUUGAGUCCUCGAAGCUUUGGUGUUACCGUAUCAUCUCCCUGCUCUGCGCUGUUCCUGUGUCCCUGAUCUCCGGAAUACUGUUUGCUCUUCUGGGUUGUCUUCACAUAUGGUGUGCCAUGCCAUGUAUCCAGCUGUGUAACAUCUGUAUGCCCCCUAUCCGGACGCUGUGGGCCAGUAUACUGGAUGUAUGUGUAGCUCCUCUUUGUACCAGCCUGGGUCGUUGUUUCAGUUCCAUCUACGUAAACGUGGCAAAGCAGCGAGUGUAACCAACCAUGGAUCCGCAGAUGGGUAUAAGAGGGGAACAAAAAGAACAUAUAUCAAAAAGCAGUUCUGGUGAAAAGCAUUCUGGGACUGGAUUCUGAAAAUGAACUCCCAGAAUCCAUUGCAUGGUUGGUACUGAUUGGAAAAAAAACAUAAUAAAAUAGGAAACUUUCUUUUUGUAAA